CAACAAAAACAACGCUAAUCUCAUAAAUGGAGUCUAUACGAAUAUGAUGUAUUCUCGGCUCAAAAAGUCAUGUAGUUACUACAACAACAUCUACAACAAAAAUAACACUAAUCUCAUAAAUGGAGUCUAAGUGAAUAUGAUUUAGUAGAAAGUUUAUUUUCAAUAGAUCGUGUAUAAUAUUUUUCAGAAAAAAAAAGGGGAGGGGAAGGGGGUGGGGGUGCGGGAAUUAACGACCUUGGUAGUUGACUUGUUGACUUGUUUCUACUUUUAACUACCUACCACCUUAUCACAUUUUAUAAACCAAAAAUAACAACCAUUUUCCGAUCACUACCACCGCCGUCCGUCCAUCGGAAAAUAUGGAAGUAAACAUCCUCAAAACCACCACAAUUUGCCCUUCUCAGUCGCCUUUCGGAGAAAAUCAUGUUCUUCCUCUCUCCCACCUCGACACCGACAAUAACCUUAAUCUCACUUUCCGUUACCUUCGUGUCUACCUCAACCAUCCGACCCAACAAAAACCCGACGACCCGUAUGAAGUUGUCACCUCUUCCCUCUCCGCCGCUCUCUUCCACUACUACCAAUUCACUGGCUGUCUCCGCCGUCGUCCAUCGGAUAAUCGUCUAGAACUUUACUGUCAAGUGGGAGACGGAGUUCCGGUAAUUCUGUCGGAGGUUGAUUGUAAGUUGGAGUCAAUCAACUACUUGGAUGAUCCAGAUUAUAGCUUUGCUCAGAAGCUGGUACCCGACCCGAAAGACGAUGAGGCAUUAACCCGGCCUUUGAUACUACAGCUGACCCGGUUUAAGUGUGGUGGGUGGGUUUUUGGAACGGCGGUUCAUCACGCGAUGUGUGAUGGAAUGGGAUCAACUUUGUUUUUUCAUGCUAUGGCGGAGAUUGCUCGUGGGGUGAAUGUGAAUGUCACGAUGAUUGAACCGGUUUGGGACCGGUCGAGUUUGCUUGGACCGAGGAAGCCACCGCGAGUUGAAUUCCCGGUUCAUGAGUUUCUUAGUUUGGACAGGGAUUCGGUUCCGUAUCUGGAAUCAGGUAAACCUGCGGUUCGGGAGUGCUUUGAGGUGAAAGAUGAGUGGUUGGACCGGCUAAAGGGGUUUCUUCAUGAGCAGUCUGGUUCGACUUAUACAACUUUUGAAGCUUUGGGAGCUUUCAUAUGGCGAGCAAAGGCAAAGGCUUCUAAAAUACUAGAUGAUGAGACGGUGAAGUUUGCCUAUCUAACCAAUAUCAGAAGAAAAGUGAAGCCACCACUGCCAGCAGGCUAUUGGGGCAACGGCUGUGUGCCAAUCUACGUUCAGCUCCUGGCGAAAGACCUCGUCAAUGAACCCAUCUGGAAAGCAGCAGAUGCGAUCAAGAAGAGCAAGAACAUCAUCACGGAUGAGUAUGUUCGUUCGUUCAUUGAUUUCCAGGAGCUGCAUUAUGAUGAAGGGAUCACAUCAGGGAAUAGAGUGAGUGCAUUUACUGAUUGGCGACAUGUUGGCCAUGAGACGGUUGAUUUUGGGUGGGGUGGCCCUGUGACCGUCUUCCCUCUGUCUAAGCACUUAGUUGGGAGUGUUGAACCUUGCUUUUUCUUGCCGCAUUCUUCCGCUACUGAAGGUAAGAAAGACGGUUUCAAAGUCUUGGUCUGUCUGCAAGAAGAAGCCAUACCCGUUUUCAAGGAAGAGAUGAAAACGUUGGAGCAUGGGCUUUCUUGAUGUUUUGAUAAUGUAAUAUUUGUUGCUCUAUAAUAGAAACUGUGUUGUGUGAAGGCUAAGUGGGAGGUAAAGAAGAAAACCAUAAAGUGGUGUUGUUCAAUCGAGUUUGACCUAUAGGUCACGAGUUCGAGCAGUGUAAUUAGUCACUUAUGCUUGCCCUACAAUACAUCCCCUUGGGGUGCGACCCUGCAAAGAUACUUCGUGCUUGGGGACCUUUGCUUGAACGCAAGAUGAAUAUAAAUGAAAUUUAUACUCUUUAAUGCUA